CUGCGGGUGUUGAGCCGUCAGUACCCGGGUCUGAGGCUUCCUCGUCGCCUAGCGACAGCAGAGCGCGCACCCACGUCGUCGGAAGCCUUUGUCCUCUCGGAACCGCUGGGCCUGUGGCGGCGUCUUCGCGCCUUCGCGCCUGGAGGGGGCUGCAGCGCCGCGGGCGCCUGAGGGGCCGAGCGGCCGCCAUGCAGGACCCAAAUGAAGAUACAGAAUGGAAUGAGAUUUUAAGAGACUUUGGCAUUCUUCCUCCAAAAGAAGAACCAAAAGAUGAAAUUGAAGAAAUGGUUCUACGUUUACAGAAAGAAGCCAUGGUUAAACCGUAUGAAAAGAUGACUCUCGCACAGCUGAAGGAGGCUGAAGAUGACUUUGAUGAGGAGGAUAUGCAAGCGAUUGAAGCAUACAGAGAAAAGCGGUUACAGGAAUGGAAAGCUCUUAAGAAAAAACAAAAAUUUGGAGAAUUAAGAGAAAUUUCUGGAAAUCAGUAUGUAAAUGAAGUCACAAAUGCAGAAAAAGAUGUGUGGGUUAUAAUUCAUCUAUACAGAUCAAGCAUCCCAAUGUGUUUGUUGGUUAACCAGCAUCUUAGUCUCCUAGCAAGAAAGUUUCCAGAAACGAAAUUUGUUAAAGCCAUCGUGAAUAGCUGUAUUCAACACUACCAUGACAAUUGUUUACCAACAAUCUUUGUUUAUAAAAAUGGUCAGAUAGAAGGCAAAUUCAUUGGAAUUAUAGAAUGUGGAGGGAUAAAUCUCAAGCUAGAAGAACUUGAAUGGAAGCUAGCAGAAGUUGGAGCAAUACAGACUGAUUUGGAAGCAAACCCCAAAAAAGGCAUUGUAGAUAUGAUGAUGUCUUCAAUUAGAAACACUUCCAUUUAUGAUGACAGUAAUAGUUCCAACAGUGAUAAUGAUACCAAAUAGAAAUAUUUGGUAAAUAUCAUCA